AUGAAAAACAGAUGCAAGACGGGUAAUAAAAUUAAGCGUCAGACAGCCGAGGAGAGGGAGGCUGAACGACAAGCAGCUAAUCGACUGAUGUUAUCCCUUCAAGCGGAAGCUUUAAGCAAGGGCUACAUGCCUGAACCGCCGCCCGGUGCGCCGCUUUCAGCGCUGCAUUACCAAAACCCUAAUACUCAACAGCAGAGUAACACCGCUUUAAGCGCUUUACAGAAUCUUCAGCCUUGGGCAGGUAACCAAGGCAGCUUCAUGAACGGCCCCCCUCCCCCCGCGCCGCAACCUCCCCCCGUCGCCUCACCUAUAUGUUGA